GGAAGCACGAGUUUCAAAUUUAUUUGUUUACGUACUGUGUCCAGACCUGUCUGCGGAAAGCGGCCGCGGAAAAAAAAGUAAACGAUUUCCAUCGCGACUUAUAACCCAGAAGAUGUAGCAUUGCAUUUGGAAAUAUGGAGUGAAGAUCCACUUCAUUGUGCAGUGAACUACCAACAUGCUAUGAACAUUCUAGUGAUUCUAAUUUGGGAUAAACAAUGAUCAAAACCUUCUGAUGACAGGUUUCAAUGGCCUCACCGUUCUGUAAACGAUUUGUAAGAAAUCAUGUGAUAGCCGGAUUUAUUGAGCAUGGAUGUGAAGAUGAUAGUGCAUUGAACGAAAGCAUGAAAGCUAAGAAAGGGAGAUGUCGACUGAGCCCGAACGAGGAGGCUCGGCUGAUGAAGGAAGAGAACGAGAAAAGGCGACGACUCCGACUGCAGCAGGUUAGGGAGCAGUCCAAUCGAAAUGCUGCUAGGAUUCGCCAGGCCGUUAAACAGGAAAAGAACAAACAGCUCCAAAAGAUAGCUUCCUCUCUUCAGGAUGAACUUGAGAGGGAAAAAGAAGAAAAGAUCAGACAUUUGGAAAACCAGUAUGAGAAUAGUUUACGAAGUAUAGGUCAAGGUCACCGAGAGGCCAGUGAACAGGUGGAUGUGGAGGAGGAGCGAUAUUUGAUACAGCAGGAAUCGAACAGGCGAGCAGAUACACGAUAUAAACAGGCCCUGGAGAAACAGCGACGUGAGCAGAUGUUCCAGGAGUACGAACAGAAGUACCAGAUUAUCGUCAGACAAACAGCAUUAGAAGCAGAGAAGGAAAGAGCCAAAACUAUAGCUGCCUUACCACCUCCUCCUAAAGACCCAGUGCUGGAACUGGAACAGCCAGAGAGGAAGCCUGUUAAAAUGACUGACAUUGAUAACUUCACCACCACUCACUAUCACAUUAAGGAGGAGUAUGCAGUCGAUAAGGUCAAGCCCGGUGAACAGGAAGACGCCAGAGUGGCAGCAGAAGAGGAGGAAAUCAGAACAAAAGAAAUGGACCUGGAAAAAGUCUGUCUCUAUAACGACCGCCUGUCUCGGGCCAGAGUGAGGCACAAUAACGCUCUAGAGAAGGAGCUCCUAUCUCACGACUAUAAUCAGAUUCUACAUGACCUCAGUGACCUCCAGAGAGCCGACAGGGAUAGAAGACAAAAGGUGGUGGCUAAUAUCCCGAAGCAAGUGUUUGAACCUCCACACCGACGCCUGGAGGACAGAGAUGAACGUCAGAAAAACAUGGAGGAAGCUUUUGAAGACCUGUACAUGGCUGACACAAAUUACAUGGGUGACCUGAGCCUUGCACUAGACCCUCACCCUCCCCCAGACACGCCGACAGCCACAGAGUCUCUGGAAACUUCGGUCCUGACGGACAAUACUCCCCUUCAGCAGCCCCCGGUCUCCAGGGUGCCAACCAUACUGAAGGACACCUCAAAUAUUCAGAAAACGCAGGAUGACAGUUUACAUAAACAGCCAGAGAAGGUUCUGAAGAAGCUGAUGGACAGGAUCAAAACCCAGAGACAGGAAUGGAUGUCAAAAUCCAUGCAGGAAGUUCCUGAUGAUGGUGCAACCAUGACGACACAUCCUAUUCACCAAGUGUUGUCAGGAAAAAGCACAGCGCCUACACUGUCAGAAUACUCACUCUCAGAACAAGGAUCACCUGGUAUUGAAAAUGUAGAACCUGCCAAGGUCAUUCAGCCUCAGAAGUCGCAAAGACAACACCCACAACAGAAUUUUCAGGAGAGAACCCAGUCUGGACAGGGAGAACCAGUUAAACAGGUUGAAGUUCCGGGGUUUGGUGUACAGAAUGCUCGCACUGUAGAAGACAUCUUGGAACAACAAAAGCAGAUAGAGCCGUUGUUAGAUCUAAUGGCCAUUGGUACACAUGCAGCGGAACAGAAAAGACUACUAGAGAAGAAACUGCAAGAACUGAACAAAAGGCAACAGCAGCUCAACACAUCAGUGGGAGGAGACAUGUCACAUGACCAAGAAAUGACUACUGUAAACGGACAGGUUUAUCUGCAACGCCAGGGACUGGUGGCACCAAGAUCAAGCAGUAUGCAUCCGCAACCUGCCCAACCCCCCAAGUCACAAAACACCUCUGCACCACCGCCAUUUCAAAAUGGACAGUAUUUAAAUGGAGCGUUCCAUACAUCUCAAGGUUAUACAUUUCCACCGACAGGUGGGCAACCUUUGUUGAAUGGGCAGGCUUCACUAAGUGGGCCAAAGUGGGCAGAGCCACCUCAGUCAAAUCGUUCACAGGUUUCUAUGUCAUCUGUGUCCCACAGCUGGAUGGAGCCCCCAUCUCUCUCACAGUACACCAUCCCAUCCAGUUCAUCCUUACCAAACAUCCAGGCAGCACCGCCAUCUUCACACUUUCCUGCACCUCCUGUUAUGACUGUAACAACUGCUGCUUCCAUCCAACCUCACCUGAGUACUAGUCAGCCUCCUCUGACACGUUCAGAGGCACCUGGUACUUUUAUCACCCCUUCACUGCCAAUUCCUUCCACAGUCUCCAUGUCCAUGCCAACACAAUCACAACUACAGGCAGAGCACAUGAGGAAAGUGAAAGAGUAUCAGCAACAACUCCUACUCAAACAUGAACAGAGUAAACGAGUCCUGGCGGAAACCAGGGCAGAAAUCGAAAGACGCCGACAGGAACUUCUGCAGCGGUUUCCUCAAUUGGAAUUCAAGUCUCCAGUGGAUGGAUCAGUGAGUCAGAAAGAACAGAAUGGAUUCAGUGACGGUAUUCAAGUCGCUAAUCAAGGGGAUCCCAAACUUCUGACCUCCACUACAUUGUCUCCAAACAAAGCAGCCAUGACGUCUCUCCUGUCCCAGUUAGCAAGCAAUCCGUACUACUCUGCCCGACUGUCAGAACCUGCAGCAGAACAGCCGUCAGAAGCCAAAGCCGAGAAUGGAAAAAAUAAAUUUCAAAAAGUGAGAAAGUCCUUGGCCUUUGAUGCUGAUGAUACUCUACAUGAAACACCUGGGAAACCCGGGCAAUCACCACUGUAUCAACCAAGCCCGGGCUCAACCACUGCAAAUGAAACAACAGACCUAAACGACACCACUAUGUCCUCUUCAACAGAGAGGGGGAGUCCAGCAUUGCCUGGGAGGAGGUCGGGUUUAUCCACUACAUCUGAGUCGGAUCAUUCCCAACUGAGUACUGCAAGAAACGAUUUGUUCGAACAACGACAGCAAGAGUUACGGCGACAGCUGGAGGCCAUACAGAGGCAGAAGGAAGAGAUUUUACAGCGCCACCAAGUGGUACAGAGAAAAUUGCCGCCUCAGCAACUGUCACAACCUGAAGAUCGUCAUCUAGACUAUGAGGAAAUCACUGAGAUGGAGUCCUCUGAUGACCAAUCGGCAUUGGUUGAUAAGACAGGUCAAAGGUUAGUCCCACUUCCCUUUAAAAAGACUACUGUACUGGGAGAUCACAGGCCUCAUGAACUAAGUACCAUUCAGGAAGUUGAGACUUCGCCAUCCAGUGCUAGGUACUCAGGGGUAGCAGCAUCAAGUCGCCAUAGUUUGUCCUCCACGGAGAGGAGCUCAGCGUCACGAAAUUCCACAGAAAACUACCAGCGACCCACUCAGGCAGAGCCAGCAGUAGUGUCUGUCACAGCUGGCCGGCCAGUCACUGACACUGGAUAUCAGACGGCACAGCUGGACGAGGUGAUGGCCAGGGCCUCCGAGUUCACCCCCGGCAUACUGGACAGGCUGAAGCAGAAGACUAAUGACGUGUUUUAUAAUCUGGGGGAUGAGGACUCAGCUGAAUCAUAUAAACAGUUGAACUUCACACCUGAUUCCCUUUCUACUGGUCCCUUGGAUGAAUUGGAUGUGUCUUCCACUCUCUCUACAACGCCUGGAUCCAACUUUGUGGUAACGCCCGGAUCUGAAAAGUUGUCUGGAGUACAGAAUCCUGCUGCAAUGGCUGGACAGUAUGACAGCACAAAUGAUUCUGUCUACAGUUCUAAAUCUUGGGCAGAUGAAUUCUUGUCAUUUCAUAAACUUCAAGCGGAGAGAGCCUCCCUGGAAUCACAAUCUAAGUCUGUUAAAGAGUCUUUGGACAGUAACGCGCCUCGCAAGGCACCUGUAGACAGAAGUUACAAUGUAGUACAUAUGAGCCAGGAUAAAUUUUCUCCAGAAUUUGCCAAGGUCGGAUCUGAUAUGGAUCUGUCACAGUAUCCCAUGUCAGAGACCAGUGAUAAAUCAGACCGUGGCGGCGUGUCUCCUGCAGGCAGACUGGAGUCGGAACUGUCUCAGUACCCGAUAUCUUCUGAGGUUUCCCCGGGCAGUCAAGACAAUGAGAGAACCAACAGAACGUCUCCUCAAGACAAGGAUAGUGAACUUAAUCAAGCAAGUCUGACAUCGACUACGGAAAGCACCAGCAGCUACAUGGAUCUGAAAAUGGAUAGCAACUUACUAGGGACCAGGGAGUUUGAUUUUAUUGGGCACAGUCGAGUUCAGAUAAUUCCUGAUAACAGCCGAGGAGAAUUUGCUUCACCAGACGGUCAGUCUUACAAUAUCAGUGGUAAAGUGGACUAUGCCAGUACCCCAAACCACAAAUCAGUGCCACCCUCCACAAAGAGACUUUCACAAAUUUCUCAGUUCACAACCUCUCCAGAAGAGACAGAAAUUCAGGCAGGAUCGGCAAGGUUCCCCCAGCCAGGUGGACAUUUUCAAGGUCUGCCUCACAUGGAUGACUCCGAGCAUCAACCACUUGUCCACCCUCUGGUCUUUACCAAAGUUUCCGGUCCUAGUGGUCUUCCUAGUGUGACGGAGGUCAGAGAGAGUCAAACAUCAGACCAGAGUAACCGAUCAGAUAGUAAUUUCCUCUCCAAGCUGCCCGACGAAUCGUCUCUCAGUCAGUUCACCGUGACGACCACGGACCAGUCAUCUAAGGACGACCUCUCGUUAACUCAGAUAACAGUGAACACAGAAUCUCCAUCAAAGGCACUGGGAUCCCUCUCCCAGUUCUCCUUCAAGUCUAGUCCUGACGUUCAUGCUAAAACGGAUUCUUCUUUGAGUCAAUACAGUGUGGAAAGUCCUGGGGCUCAAAACAUGUCUGACAAAUCAAUGAAGAACACCUCAUCUUCCACUAGCCAAGACGAGGAAGAUGAAAGUUUUGUAGCUAAAAAGUUUGCCAAUUUAGACCAGUUAAUUCAAGAAUCACGAGACUUAAUAACCAAACAUAAACAACUGAUCACAAAGAAUAAGGAGAUUAGUUCAUCGGGUUCAGGCGGUGUUCCCAGCAGUUUCACAACUCCAAGUGGUGAUCCCAGUGGUUUCACAACCCCAGAGGUUCAGAACGAGACCGUGCCAGACAGCUUUGGUAGGAGCAAUACACACUACACAGGACUAGAAAGCACUGGGGAUCUCAGCACUGGAAGUCAGAUAAGCUGUUUAGAAAGCAGCAGUUUUCAACAGCUGACGAGGGAGAGUGGUAUUACGGAUGACCCCGACCUGACCUUGCUAUCUGUGACCUCUGACAUUGCUGAGCAGACUGAAGAAAUUACCGGAGAAAUAACUCACCGAUCGGAUGGAACCAGUGGGGGAGACUCUAUCUUGUCUUUCGAGCAACAUGAACAGAGUUUGAGAAGUUCUCCAGACAGAGAAUUCAACGACAACUACUUUCAAGAUUUAGCAGUACCCCGAAGCAAUGACACGAACAAUGCAUUCCGUCCUGUCCCUACUGUCCAGAGAGAUGCUGGGGAUGAGAAUGUCUUUCGAGCUGUGCCAGUUAUGGUCAGUCCAACCCUCGCUCUGUCCAUGAAGUUCAGUAGUUCUCAGGACAUUAUGUUCAACAAACCUCCAGUGUCAUGGUCAAAGGAGCUGGAAGAAGACGAGAAAAAUGUGGACGUGAAACCUAAACGUAACUCAGACCCUCUCAUCAGCAAAGUCCAAGAGCAGAGAGCUGAGCUUGAAAAGACAGCCACAGAAGCAAAACAGAAAGUACAGAAGGCCUCAGGACUAAACAGGGCACUGCUGCCUCGAUCUGGAGGACCAGGGGCAACAACUCAAGCAAAGACAGGAACUAAGGCAACAAAAGAGAGCAACAAACCAAAUCCCAUGAGUUUAGGUCAGUUUAUAUCCUCCAGGAAAGAGGGUGCUUCCUUAAUGGGGAAGAAGUCAGAUAAUAAGCCUGUUCCUCAACCAAAACCACAGAGACCCGGAGCAGGAAGUGUGAAUGGGGGCACAGGCAUGUCUAAAACCCUGUCUUCGUGGAAGAAGAGUCGCGGAGUCAAGUCCACAGUUCCACCCCCCACCAGAUCCAGCGAUCUUCCAUCUACCUCCUCCAAAUCAUUUCCGUCACAGAAACCCGUCAGUUCCCAAAGUUCAGAGGACAGGAUGUAUGAACGUAACAUCAGGGCAUACAAUCCUCGAUUGUUUAGGUUACAAAAUAGAAUAGCCCACCAAGAGAACCAGUUGUCAAAAUCAGAGGAUGAUAAACGGAAAUCCUCUACCCACACAGAAAAAGUCAAAGAAUUCCAAAAGCUUCCUGAUAACUUCCAUUCUCUCUUCAUUAUCGAUCUCCAAAAACUAUCAGUAGAAACUACAAGAAAACAUGAUGAAAAAGCAGAUGAUGAAGAAACACCAUUCUAAGUAGGAGGAUUUAAAAACUCAACAAGGAAAAGGAAGUGGAUGGAGUAAUGAAUUGUACAUGUUUGGACAGACGAUAGUAGAAUUGUAAAUAUUGUAAUUGCUAUUUAUUUGUACAUGGCAGGUGCUGAAAUGGGUUGUUGUGUCAUGAAACUUGCAUUUACUGGUAUCAAAGUCAGUUGGCAGAAAGCAUAUUAGCACUAGCAUGAUAGAAAUAUCCGAUUGCAAGCAUUUUAUUAAACACAAGCUAUGGUAGUUUUUGCACUCAGUUCCUUGGAGAAAAAGCUAUGACAUGUGCAUUGUAUCCUAAAGAAAAACUGUAUAAUUUAUUUAUAUUGUAAUGGUAAGACAUACAUAGUAAUUGACUGAUGCUUUGAAUGAUGUUGCAGUAAAUCUAUUUGUAAAAACAUUUUAAGGGUAUGAUCAGUUGUUUUAAAAUUUUAUUCAAGAAAUUAUUGAACACGGGUGUGUCGAGUCCAACAAUUGUAUAAAUGAAUUCUAGUGUUAUCUCUCAUAACUCACAGUAUACUUUAGUUGUAAAGGGAGUUGUGCACAUUUAGUGUAAGGUCGGAUGUGGUGAUGUUCUUUUACUGUUGAUGAAAUGGACAACACUCAGUCGGAGUUGGUAGCUUUACAACUAAUUACGCAGCAGGGCUUAAGAGUUACUGUUAUUAUCUGUGUCCUUGUAAAUUUUGUGGUUGUCUGUGAUAUGUAAAUGAAAUUUAAUGAAGAUAUUAAAUUUUUUUAUUCUAAUCAA